GAAGUUUGAAGUCGUCGUUUAAAUGAUUUCAGAAGCGAAUCAGCUUCUUUGUCUCUCUGUGAGUUCCUUUACACAAACACCGAUGUUAUUUAAAAAACUCGCUUCUUUUCAAAAACGCCGAGAAGAAACAAAAGUAGCACAAAGUAAAUUGAACUGUACCUUGUUCCACCAUGGCUGAGGAGCGAAUAAAAACUAUAUAUCGUCAUUUGAAUCCGUCCCUGAAGCAACCUCCCGAGAUGCUUGCAUUUGGAAUGCAAAACCCAAUGAAAGCCAUAGUACAAAAAAGCAAUUAUUCCGAAACUAAGAAGCCAUCUAAACCAAGAAAAUUUAGGUUUACACUUAAUAAUGACAGAUUAUCAAGGGAGCAAAGAUUAUUUUAUGAAGAAAAUGGUUUUAUUGUAAUUCCAGGGCUUGUUCCAUUUGAUUGUCUUGAAACUUAUAGAAAACGUUUUCAAGACAUUUGUGAUAACAAAGUGCAUGUUCCUGGCCUGACGGUUAUGAAAGAUAUUUCAUAUGCUAAGAACAAUAAAAAUGAACGUGUAAUUAAUAAGAUACAAGAUCUUAUUUAUGAUGACGUUUUGUUUGAAUACUGCAGACUUCCUCAAAUUCUCGAUUAUGUGGAAUGCUUUUGUGGCCCAAAUAUCAAGGCUGUGCAUACUAUGUUAAUUAAUAAGCCUCCUGAUGCAGGUUCAUUAUCUUCUCGUCACCCUCUCCAUCAAGAUUUACAUUAUUUCCCAUUCAGACCUGCAGAUAGAAUUGUAUGUGCAUGGACUGCCAUGGAAAGAGUGAAUCGCGCUAAUGGAUGUUUAGUUGCUAUUCCAGGGACACAUCAAGGUGAACUGUUGCAACAUGACUAUCCUGACUGGGAGGGAGGUGUAAAUAAAAUGUACCAUGGUGUUUCAAACUUGGAGCAAGAAAAAAUGUCUAGACGUGUCUACUUGGAAAUGGAAGCCGGUGAUACUGUAUUUUUUCAUCCUGUUCUUAUUCAUGGAUCUGGAGCAAAUAAAACAAAUGGGUUUAGAAAAGCCAUAUCUUGCCAUUAUGCAGCCUGUGAAUGUGACUACAUUGACGUUAAAGGGACAUCUCAACAAAAUAUUGAGAAGGAAAUUCUUGAAGUAGCUAAAAAGAAAGGGGCUGAGCUAGAUGAUUUGAAGUAUGUUUUCCAAAUCAGAGGACGUCUGAUUCGAGGAGAAGAAGUUACUUUGUGAUCAAUCAAUUUGCAUCAUCUUCAAGACAUGAAAUAUCCUUCUGGAAAAGAUAAUUACCACUCACAUUAAAACUAAGACAUUUCUGCUUGUGCCAUGACUUGUAAAUGCCAUUUAUAUUUUAUUUAGUUAAGAUCUUCUCAAUAAUUUUUACUCUUUGCAAAAUUUAAUUAUCCAAACAGUUUUACUUUUAUAAUUCUCUGACUUGCCUUUUUUUUUAGUAUUUUAUUGCCUUUUAACCACCUAGCAAAUUAUUUCAAAAUAUUUCAUCCAUUCAACAAUGUGAUUCUAGAACUAGAACAGAGGCUAAUUUUACAUGGUUGUAAACCACAGGCUUCCAUUCUAUACGUCAUGACUAAAUAAGGUCUCAGAACAUUCCUUAGACAUAGUUCCUUUGACUAUGUCCAAUUUUUAUUUCUUACUGUCCAAUCAGAAACUACUAUUUUUAAUACAUAUGAGAAAAUAUUUAUUUGAAAACAAGUUUGGUUCAUACUAAACUUUGUGCUAUGUUUUUAUGAUAUUAAAAAAGUUGAUAUUUCUCCUGUAUUUAUUUUUAUUGAGAAAAUUGUGACAAUAUUUUAUACAAAAGUUAAUUUAUCUAGAAAUAUAAAAUUUUAGGCUUCAGAUAAAUUUUAUCUCCUAUUAUUUUAUUCAAUUUCCUGUAAUGGAAUUUAAAAAUUUGAGACUUAUCAUUAAAUUUUAAGAAGCAAAUGUGUGUAGUUUGUAUUAAAUACAUGCAAAACUUAUCUUCAGUAUUUUGGUGCAAAUAUAUUGCAAAUAUUACUUUUCCAUACUUUCUUCAAUCACUGGUUUAACUUUUAUAUUCAUAUCACAUGCAUUGUUACCCUGUGAAAAAUGUGCUUGUCUUUACAUGUAUUUCAUAUAUCACAGGAUAUUUAAAAUAGCUAUACAGCUAUUUUAUGUUGUAUGCUACGGUUUUAAAUGAAAGUUUUAAAUCUUUACUUUUACUUAUUCUUUGUGGGCAAUGUUUUUAAUGUUUACCAGCAAUUGGUGUCAACUAAAUUAAAAAAAGUUGAGGACACUUGAAUUAAGUAAGUUUAAAAACUAUUUUGAUCAGUCAAUGUUGAAAAAUUCUGAAAUAAUUUAUUUAAAGAGCUUCAUAUACUUUAUUAAGUUAUGUUUAUGCAUGUUAUUUGUUUCAAUGUAUGAUGGAAUAGUUCAAAAAACAUUGAUUUAAAGAAAAAAUGCUACUUAAUUUUUACUAAAAAGCUACUUAAAUCUGCUUUCAGAAGAGCUUUUUUUUUUUCCUUUU